AUGAAAUGGGAAGAAGUAGAAGUCAGUGAACACUGCUUGGAGCUCGUUGAAGACCAAUUUCUUGAACUGAAUGUUUCCAAUUCUGGAACUGAAUGCUUGGAGAAGAUGAAGCAUAUUUUGUCAGUCAUUUUUGGUGCUGGGCUUGUAACUAGCCUUUCUCCUUGCACACUCAGUGUUUUGCCACUUACCCUUGGUUACAUAGGUGUUCAAGCGUAUUUGGCUGGACUUACAUUUGCAUUAGCUGCAUCACCUUGCAGCACUCCAGUUCUAGCCACCUUGCUUGGAUAUGUUGCAUCUACCAGGAGCCUGCUUUCAUUCCGCAAGUUUUCUGCAUGGAUUAACCCAAUAAGUGGGGCCUUCCUCCUAGGCGGGGGCGUAUAUACGCUGUUGGAUAAGCUUUUCCCAGCAACAACGAUGGCAAUGUAA